AUGCCAAACUUGAGAGACAAAUUGCGAGCACCACGAGGAAGUGUAACACCUGACCCUGGUAAAGCCUCUGGCUGGAGCUCACCGCGGCUGCGUAAGAAGAAUGAACCUUGUCACGACUCACCAAUUGCUCGCGAUCCUCGACAUUUCUCACCUGAACCAAGAACUCCAAGGCUCGAUGUCAACUUUGAGAAGCCAGAAUUUGAGCGUUACAGUGUGAUGUUCGAGAAGCUCUUAUCAAAUGAGUCGAAGCCGUCGUUGCUGGAGCGAAGGCAGAGCAGAGCACACCGACGAAAGUCCGAGAUGAGAGUUGGAGACAUCAAGAUAGGAGAACGACUGGAGGCUGUUGCCCAAAGCCCGGGAACCCCCAAAAGGAGCAUGACUUCCCCUCAUCUCGACAAGCGACUUUCCAUCAGAGUCGACAGCAACGAGCGUCAUCACGCAGACGAUCACGAACCAUCCACCGCUGUCAAUCGACCACGUCAGAUGCAGCGUGCUCAAACCGCGCCGCUCAACACCACUUCGCCGCUCACAACAGUCUUUACCAGGGGCAGGAAAGUAACCCUAGAAAGUUCGCCCGAGUCGAACGAGUCCGCACUCUUUAGUGAGGGCUCGCUCCCAUCGACACCAGCGACCGUCACGACCUGUACUGACUCUUCGUCCAUCAGGCGAGAAUGGCAAGAUGCAGAGCCAGCUUUCGACAUGGUCACAUCGGAUCAUGUUCGGGGUGUCGUGGCUGAGUCUGCUCACACGUCGACUCACUAUCCUCGCGUCACAUCACCAGAAGACCUAGAACGGCAGAUCGUCCAAGUCAGUGUCGCACGCCAAGUCAGCGUCAGCCAGGCCAGGAGCCGAGUACAGCGCGCGGUAUCCAGUGACAAUUUCAAGCGGCCAGUCCGUCCGAGAGUAGUCGAGCUGAGCAAGAAUCGCAAGAGCGAGGUUGGCUUGCUAGAAUCUGCUUGCGAAGACGAUGAUAUUGAUCCUGUCCCUUCGCGCGAGACGUCGAAGAGCGGGAGUGAGAUCGCGCACGCAGUGCCAGAGACAAUAGAGCAGGAGUAUGGUACUCCUAGGCAGGCUCCUGUGAAGGCUCCGAUGGGACCGUUUCCAGAUCCGUUGAAGCUCAAUCCGCCCACACCGAUGGCUGCGACUUUUGCAGAGAGUGCGAAGAGAUAG